UUUAGGGUUAAAUAGGCCAUGCAGGUAGAGAAACUUCUGGGUCAUUCUCCUUGGCGGUAGACGCACCAGACAGACAGUAGGCGUCAUCGUGUUUUUUUUGGAUGUUGUGACGGCGCAAACCGGUGAACAGCCAAUGAGUCAGCAGCUGAACAGAGUUAAAUUUGCCUAACAACCUAUAUAUAACGAUAACUGUUCGAGGGGAAAGCAUCUGCCCAGAGAUCACCAAGUGUUUACGAAGUAUUUGGUCAAACAGCUAACAAUGGCAGUUCCAGCAACUGUCCCGAUUCAACUGAGCUCCCCAUCUCCUCGUCUACUGGAACACAAAAUCCACGAAAGAGAUUUGGGAAGAAUGGCAAGAAGCAUUGAUGAUGAUAUUCUGCCCUUACAUUCACCCUGGACAUUUUGGCUUGACAGAUCUUUACCUGGAACAACAGCUGCUGAAUGUGAAUCCAACUUGAAGAAAAUCUACACCGUGGACACUGUUCAGGAUUUUUGGAGAGUUUACAACAAUAUCCCCAGUGUCCCAAGCUUGCCUUUACGGUGUAGUUAUCAUCUGAUGAGAGGGGAAAGAAAACCACUGUGGGAAGAAGAAAGUAAUGCUAAAGGCGGUGUGUGGAAAAUGAAAGUACCAAAGGAAUACACUGCUGUUGUGUGGAAAGAGCUUUUAUUGGCCACCAUUGGCGAGCAAUUCAGUGAUUAUUGCGCUAAAGAUGAUGAGGUGGUUGGAGUUAGCGUUAGUGUCAGGGACAGAGAAGAUGUUGUUCAGGUCUGGAAUGGAAAUGCCUCCUAUGUGAACGAGUCCACCGUUCUAGGGAAGAUCUACGAGCUCCUCCCCCAAAUAUCAUUUAAAGCUGUCUUUUACAAACCCCAUAUGGAACACCAUGCCUUUGAAGGAGGUCGAUCAAGACAUUAGCAGGUUUUAUGUCGUACUUGGAGGUAGUUUGUUUGCCUUCGGCCCCAAUAACCAUAACACAUUUAUAGAUGUGGUUAAGUAUUGUACAAAAUUGUGUUCUAGACUAGCAUUGUUGUAGUUUUUCUGUUUGCUGUCAGUCAAGUUGUUUGUCCUAAACGUCUUUAUUUUAGCUAAAAACACUGACAGUUUUUCUGUAUUUGUAAUCUUUGCAUACUCCAGCCAAAGCAACAAGUGUGUACAUCAGCUCUGUAAUAUAGCUACCUGUACAGUUUCUUGAGACAAAUCUAGCACUUUUUUUACAAGUUCAAAUAAGAUAACCACACUGAAAAGUACCCUGUGAGGUCAGAUGUUUUCAGGAUUUCUAUGUUACUGUCUAAUACUUUAUCUACUGUAUUGAUCAUGGUGAACAAGCCAUUGCACAUUAGAAUCAAGGUUUUUAUUAUGCACCUACAAAACAACCCCUUUAGGUAAGAUUUUUUUUUAUAUUGUUUUGUUUAAUUUUUUUCGCAAAUGAUGCACUUUCUUUUAACUACCUUGUUUUUUAUUGAUGGGAAUGCUUUUGCCUUGAUUAAGUAUAGCAAUUAAAAUUGUAUUCACAUUUAUUUUUAUUAAAAAAAACAAAAACACUAAGAUUCCCUUGCAAAAUUCUACUGUCAAACUAAAUUUGUAAUUGUUAUUUCAUUUUAUAGUAUUUAUUUUAUAUGUACUAUUUCAGGGUUUUUAAUUGGGUGCAUACAGUCUCUUUAUGUGGACAACAAACAACUAGUAUUUGUGUUCUAAGAAUACUAACUGCUGAUGUAUGUCUGUACCUAUUGAAAGUGAAAAGGAGUCUUAAUGUUUUCAAAUGAUUUGACUAGAAAAGUUGCAUUGCUUUGGUGUUUGACCUUCAUUGUUGUGUAAUGUUUAAAGGCACAUACUGUACUGUUGUACAAGUAGAAAUCAUUGCAUACUCUAUGAACCUUUGCACAUGUACAGUUGCCUGCUCACCAAGAUCUUGAACCUUGGAAGCUGACUUUGAAUUGUGCCUUGUGUUUUGCAGUCUUUUAGAAUGUAAAUUUGUUAAACUCAUCUUGUAUGUAAUUCUUCCUUUUUAAGUUUUACACGUUUCUAUAAUAAAGAACUGUUAUGUUCACAAAGUAA